AUGGAUUUAUUUAAGACACCGGGUAAUUCCUGCAGGAAGUGCGGGAGGUGCAUUAGAAAAGUCGAUACGGAAAAUUUUAGUAGGGCACUAGUGCAUAUACCACCCACAGCUUCCUCGCCAACUUCAAAUUAUUACAUCGGUGCCGUAGUCGAGUAUCACCCCGUUACUAAGGGUGAUAAUGGCACUGCCAUUGCUAACGAAAAUGCAAAAAAUUAUCUCACCUUUUUAAAGACAGCAAGUGAAAAUGAAGUUGAUAUUAUUGUUUUUCCGGAGAAUGCACUUUUUAGUGGAAAAACAUAUCCAUUAAAUGAACGAAGCAAUUAUUUGCCACACAGUACGUAUUUACCUCAUCCCAAAGACUCUAAAGUACCAUGUCACGAUACAUCGUCAAAUGUUAUGGAGGCUGUGAAGGCCAUGUCUUGUGCGGCAAAACGUCAUGCUAUGUACAUUGUGAUAAAUGUACGUGAAAAGGAAAAGUGUACCGGUGAAAAUUGCUCCAAGGACGGCCACAAUCUCUACAAUACAAAUUUAGUGUUCGAUAGAACUGGAGCUAUAGUAGCCAAGUACAGAAAAUGGAACUUGUUCGGUGAAGCUGGAAUGAACAGAACGUCAAAGCCAGAUAUUUCAACUUUCCGGACUGACUUUGACGUUAAUUUCGGGCAGUUCAUAUGCUUCGAUUUGCUGUUUGGUACACCGGCGAUAAAGCUCGUUCGUGAGAAGAAAGUAACAGAUAUUAUUUUUUCAAGCCACUGGUUUUCAGAGCUGCCCUUCCUUACUGCGAAUCAAAUUCAAACUGGAUGGUCUUACGCACAUAAUGUUAACUUCCUUGGCUCUGGUUACAACAACCCGGCAACUGGCAGCGGCGGUAGUGGAAUUUACGGCGGAAAGGAUGGUCAUUUUGCACGUAUUUGGAGCGAAAAAUCAGCAAAUGCACUGAUCGUUGCCAAAAUACCUAAAAUAGUUAAUGGUCAACAUUCCCAGCCAAUAAAUCCCAACGAUGCGAUGGUAUUCUUCUAUUCAAUAACCGAAAUACCUACCAUUAAUCAACAGGAGCCAGUACCGCAGCAAAAAAUAAAAAUGGAUGAUCUUUCACCCUACACUACUGAGCUUUUUCAACCCGCUAAUGGCACUCACAAUUUAACUCUCUGCAAUAAUGACUUGUGCUGUAAUUUCACUACAAACACUGUUCAUCGCGAUGAUAUGGUACAAGGUGCUGCUAAAUAUUAUAGAUAUCGAUUUGCUGUAUUCAACGGAGUGAGAUCAUUUUCAAACAUUGGUACUGGAGGUGUAGAAGUUUGCAGUGUGAUUUCAUGCCUUGAUGAAAAUCCAACAAGUUGUAAUCAGCGAUUCGAUACCAAUACUAUCAUUGUUCAUCCCACUACAUUUAAUUCAAUUGUCAUUUCAAGUGUAACUAAAGAUUCAUCAAAUGUCACUCGUUUACCAUUGAGUAUAAAUACUGAACUACAUCCAUUAAAUGUCACAGACUUUACAUUUGUUAGCAACAAAAUAAAUGCAACUCAUGUUAGUUUAAAAUACACAUUGACAAAACCACGUAAAGAUUUGAUGACAUUUGCAAUUUAUGGAAGAAACUUCACAGCGGAUGGAUUGCCAAAAACUACAUCUGCUUCAGCACAAAUAAUUCCACCUAUUUACUUAAUGUCAAUACUGUUUAUUAUUUUAGCCAUGGGUAAUACUUACCAACAUAGUUAA